GUGCGCGCUAUCGCCAUGGGCUGCGCCUCGUCCGCCGAGGAGCGCGCCGCCAUCGCGCGCAGCAAGCAGAUCGAGAAGAACCUGAAGGAGGAUGGCAUCCAGGCCGCCAAGGACAUCAAGCUGCUGCUCCUUGGGGCUGGCGAGUCGGGAAAGAGUACUAUAGUCAAACAAAUGAAAAUUAUUCAUGAAAGUGGCUUUACGAAUGAAGACUUCAAACAGUACCGGCCAGUGGUGUACAGUAACACGAUCCAGUCACUCGUCGCCAUCUUGCGCGCCAUGCCCAAUCUGGGUAUCACCUACGGCAAUAAGGACCGGGAGAGUGACGGCAAGAUGGUGUUCGACGUGAUCCAGCGGAUGGAGGACACGGAGCCGUUCAGCGAGGAGCUGCUUGCGGCGAUGAAGAGGCUCUGGGCGGACGCGGGGGUGCAGGAGUGCUUCGGCCGCUCCAAUGAGUACCAGCUCAACGACUCGGCCAAAUAUUUCCUCGACGACUUGGACCGGUUAGGUGCUAGAGAUUACCAGCCCACCGAACAAGAUAUUUUAAGAACUAGAGUCAAAACAACUGGCAUUGUCGAAGUGCACUUCUCCUUCAAAAACCUUAAUUUCAAAUUGUUCGACGUAGGUGGACAGCGGUCCGAAAGAAAGAAAUGGAUCCACUGCUUCGAGGACGUGACAGCGAUCAUCUUCUGUGUCGCUAUGUCCGAGUACGACCAGGUCCUGCAUGAGGACGAAACAACGAACCGUAUGCAGGAGAGUCUAAAGCUGUUCGACUCGAUCUGCAACAACAAGUGGUUCACGGACACAAGCAUCAUCCUGUUCCUCAACAAGAAGGACUUGUUCGAGGAGAAGAUCCGCAAGUCCCCGCUCACUAUAUGCUUUCCUGAAUACACAGGCGCGCAAGAGUACGGCGAGGCGGCCGCGUACAUCCAGGCGCAGUUCGAGGCCAAGAACAAGUCCACCACCAAGGAGAUCUACUGCCACAUGACCUGCGCCACCGACACCAACAACAUCCAGUUCGUGUUCGACGCCGUCACCGACGUCAUCAUCGCCAACAACCUUCGCGGCUGCGGCCUGUACUAAGCGCCGACCGCGUCAUAUCACGCUCGACGCCUAGGGUUGCCAACUCUUGAAAGGACCAACCCGGGAGAAUUGUGGGGGGGGGGCUUGCUCCAUAGUUGCUCCAUCACGCUGAAUACGCGCUCGAAUGAAGCAUUAAUAGAGACAGGAAUGGAAAGAACAAACGUGACCAUUGUUUUUAAUUCAGGACAGGGACUUCUGUCUUUCGAUUUCGUAAAGAAGUCAACCCAGCGUAAAUCCACUCGACUUUCUUCAAUAAGAUGUGGUUGCACCUCACGCAAAAGUCCAACCUCAUCGUACAAUUUGUCAAUAUCUAUGUCAAUAUUUAAUCAUUCCUGGAGUUUAGUAAUGCUGGUCCAUGUGAUUGGUUUUUUU